AUGGCUACCCCUUGUGUCCUAGCUUUUGACGCUGAGGGUCGCGCCAUUGACUUUGAGUGGGCCACCCGCGAUGCUGCUGCACGUCUUGCUGUGCGUUGCCACCUCCCUACCUCUGAGCGCGCGCACUUUAGUCAGUACAAGAGUGCUCAGACCUUGUACGACGCUAUAGUUGCGCGCUACUCUUCCACUGCCACUGCUGCACUGAGCCGUCUCAUGCUUCCCUACCUCUUUCCUGACCCUUGUGCCUUUCCCACUGUCGCUGACCUCAUCACGCACCUCCGCUCUAGUAACAUUCGCUACCGCGCCGCCCUUCCUGCUGAGUUCUGCGCCAAGAACCCCCCCUCCAUGUACAUCACUCUCUACUACGUAGUCGCACGCCUCCCUGACUCUCUUCGCGUAGUCAGGGACCACUUUCUCUCAGUCUGUCCCACCACCCUCACUGUCGACCUCCUCGAGAAGGCCCUCCUAGCGGCGGAGAAAAGCAUCGUCGUUGUAGGAGCUUCUCGUGGUGACCCUCGCACCCCCAUCUUUGAGGGGUGCUCUCCUUCCCCCCUGCUGCCCUCUGUUGCCUCUGCUGCUGCUGCCGACCUGCUUGGUCUUGAGUCGGUCGGCGCGGCGUCUGCCCCUAGCGGGAGACGCCGCUCUGGCAGGGGCAAGGGGGGCAAGGGUGCGGGUGGAGCUGGAGGAGGCGGUGGAGGUGGCGGUGGAGGCGGCGGAGGGAGUGGGGGUGGCGGCGCGAGUGUUGGAGGGGGUGGUGGUGGCAGUGGCAGCGGCGGCGGAGGCGGCGGUGGUGGCGGCAGCAGUGGUGGUGGUGGCAGCGGUGGAGGUGGAGGCGGCGGAGGAGGCGUAGGAGGAGGCAGUGGUGGCGGAGGGGGUGGAGCUGGUCGGAGUGGUACCUCGCAGCGGAGCAGAGCUGGUAGCGGUCAGCUCGAGCAGCAGCAGCAGCAGCAGCAGCAGCGUUCGCGGGACAUCCCUCCGCACCAGCAGUUCUGUGAGUGGUACACUCGGCGUUAG